UGGAAAUCUACUAAGCUAAUUUUCUUUCUUUACUUAAAGUUGUCUGCUAACAAGCAUGGGAACGGGAUGUCAAAUAAAGUGAUAAUUUUUCAAAAAAUGGAGGUUUCACGAUGAUUAUGUUGGGAGUAACAAAUUUUUGUCUAGCGUGGGAGUCAUGUCACGCCUAGCUGACUACUUUGUAGUAGUCGGCUUCGACCACGAUAAAGAGCGAAGUGGCUUGAGUUCUGGCAAAGUCUUACAAAGGUUCCCAGAACUAGAUUGGGAUGAUACACCUUUUAUUGAUGGCAUUGAACUUUUUUGCCAGCCACAAGGGUGGAAUCUGUCAACAGUACGUCAACAGCCGGCAUUCUUUGUAUCUGUGCUUACCGAUAUUGAUGCGAAUCGUCAUUAUUGUGCUUGUUUGUCUUUUAAUGAACCUGUUGCAAUCACACCUAGUAAACCUCCUGAUGAAGAAGUUGAAGAGGAAGCAGUGGAGCCAUCUGGGGGUCUGGUACAGCAUCAUUCCAUUAUGUAUGCUCCCAAAUGUCUGGUUUUAGUUUCAAGGCUAGAUUACUUUUCUACCUUUCGGAAUUGUUUAGGCAUAAUUUAUACUGUGUAUAUAGAUACAAUAUCUGUUCCAGUAGAAACAUUAAUUGGCAACAUAUUAGGCUGUAUUCAAGUACCUCCUCCAGGUGGACCACAAGUUAGAUUUUCAAUUGGUGCUGGAGAUAGACAAGCUCUCCAACCUCCUUUAAGUUCUACUCUUUCUGUAACUAGUACCACAGUAUUUCAGUUAUUUGAAGAACUUGGAAUUCACAAUGUUGUCACAUUAUUUUGUGCUGCAAUGACAGAACACAAGAUCUUGUUCCAUUCCAGUAGCUACUCUCGCCUGACUGAUGCUUGUCAUGCUGUUACUGCCCUUAUGUAUCCAUUUAAAUACAGUCAUGUAUAUAUACCUUUGCUGCCUGCAGCUUUAGUGGAAGUGCUAAGUACUCCUACUCCUUUUAUAAUGGGUGUUCAUUCAUCUUUAAAAAAUGAAGUGCUAGACUUGUUAGAUGUAAUCAUUGUUGAUUUAGAUGGUGGAUCACUUAUAGUUCCUGAAUGCAUUAAUGUUUCCUGCCUCCCUGAACCAUUGCAUACUCAGCUGUAUUCUCAUAUGUGUGGGGUCUUGCGCCCUGAAUUAAGGACAGCAGAUGAUGCAUUUCCCCCUGCUCAAACAAAUCCCUCUCAACCUCAUAUGCUUGAUAAAGAAAUAAGAGCAAUUUUUCUGCGCACAUUUUCCCAACUGCUUCAAGGAUAUCGUUCAUGCCUCACUAUCAUUCGCAUUCAUCCAAAACCAUUCAUAGCUUUUCAUAAAGCUGCAUUUCUUGGUCUUCAGACAUAUUCUGACUGUGACUUCAUCGUUAAAGUUCUUGAUUGCAUGUUUUUCAAUACAUUUGUUUCGGAAAGAGGUCCCCCGUACAGAGUCUGUGAUAUUUUUGAUGAGAUUUAUGCCAGUAUGCAAGAUACUUUAAAAGCUGAAGUUAAGGACUCCUCGUGUGUAAUAAAUCACGUUCAAGAAUUAGCCCAUCAACUGUAUUUGAAUGAAAAUCCAAAUAAGCAACAAUAUGUACAGAAAAUACCUAAACCUACUGAAGGAGCAUUUACUAGAAUUCAUCAACCUCCAUUUCCUAUAAUUGAUGCAAAAAUUGUAAAGGAUAAUAUCGAUGAAGGAAUGUCAAAACAAUCAAUCAGGGCAAAACUCUCUGCAAUUAAACCUCAGCAGCCAAGAAUAGUGCCUAUGGGACCUCAAGCAGCUUCUUGGCUUGAUAAUCGAGGCUUAGUUACAAACAGUACCAGGCGAUUAGAAGUCCUAAGAAGUUGUGUCAAUUGUAUAUUUGAAAACAAAAUAUCUGAUGCACGCAAAACUUUCCCUGCAGUUCUGAGAGCUUUGAAAAACAAAACAGCUCGCUUAGCGCUAACUCAAGAAUUAGCUUUACAUGUAACUGGAAACAAAGCCGUGUUAGAACAUCAGCAAUUUGAUUUAGUUGUUCGACUAAUGAACUGUGCAUUACAGGAUGAUUCUUCAAUGGAUGAAUAUGGUGUUGCUGCUGCAAUUUUACCUCUGGCUAUGGCUUUUUGCAGAAAGUUGUGCACUAAUGUAAUACAAUUUGCUUAUACAUGCAUUCAAGAACAUCCAGUUUGGCAGAAUCAGCAAUUCUGGGAAGCUGCUUUUUAUCAAGAUGUCCAGAGGGACAUACGAGCACUUUAUACUUAUACUCCUCAACGGACAUAUCUUACUGAUCGAGAGUCAGCAAUUUCACCUAUAAGCCCUAGAGAGUCCAAAGAACUUAAUAACAUAUGGAGCCGGGCUGAUAAUAGAAGUACUUUAUAUUCCAACAAUGGAUCCAACAAUUUAGUUCGACAUCCAGAACCUAGUGCUUUAGAGAUUGCUGCAGAACAAAUGAGACUCUGGGGAAAUUUAAGUUCAGAACAACAGAAGGAACUAAUGAAUAAUGAGGAAUCUACUGUUUAUAGUCAGGCUAUUCAUUAUGCUAAUAGAAUGGUGGCAUUACGAGUUCCACUUGAUGUCAGUAAAAGUGCCAAAAAUUCUAAUGAUCUCGAAAGGGAAAGCAAUAGUAAUAGUAAUGUAACAAACAGUAUGGCAGAGACUGAUAGCGUUGAUGCUGAAAGUGGAUUUGAAGAAGAUACUUCCGAAGUUGGUGCUAGUGUUAUCAAGUUUGUAUCUAGGUUUGUUGAUAAAGUUUGUACAGAUUCUGGAGUUACUGAAAACCACAUUAAAGCUUUGCAUCAAAUGAUUCCAGUGGCGGUUGCUAUGCAAAUGGAAUCAUUAGAAGCAGUUCAUAAAGAGAGUAAACGUCUUCCUCCUAUUACUAAGCCUAAAAUUUUAGCUCCAAGUUUGCUGCAAGGAGAAGACUUGCUGAUGGAAGGUCUCCGUGUCUAUCUGAUUCCAGAUGGAAGAGAAGAAGGUACAGGUGGCAUACUUGGAGGUCCUAAUCUUUUGCCAGCAGAGGGUGCUGUAUUUCUCACUAAUUAUCGAAUUAUUUUCAAAGGAACACCAUGUGAUCCUUUUGCUUGUGAACAAGUAAUAGUUCGGUCUUUUCCUGUGUCUACUCUUACUAAAGAGAAAAGAGUCAAUGUUCAACACCUCACUCAAGUUGAUCAGUUCCUACAAGAAGGCUUACAAUUGCGGUCUCAUACAUUUCAGCUAAUAAAAAUUGCAUUUGAUGAAGAAGUGACUUCUGAAAAUAUUGAAACGUUUCGGAAACUUAUCAACAGAGUUCGAUGCCCUCCUAAUGUGUUUCAUGUCUUUGCAUUUAGUGGUCAUCUUGCAGUGCCACAAACACCUCUUCACAAACAAAAGGAGAAAAAUGCAACUUUGAAAGUAAUUGCAAAGAAAACUCUUUUAAAAACAGCUAUGAAAGCAGGUUUUAAGCCAAAGCCUUCUUCAAGAAAGCAGAAAUAUGUUAUUCAGGGACCUCAUGAUUUUAGAACUCUACCUAGCCCUGGUCGAACUCCUUCAAUUGGAUUCGAUAGUGAAUCUGAUCGACCGUCAUCGUUAUAUGAAGAUGACUUAUCCAUGAUAGAAGAAAGUGAUCUGACUCUUUCAACACCGCACAUACCAUCCUAUGCUCAACAUAUGGAUUCAAAAACAUUAGAAAAACUGUCUGAAAGAAGCUAUUGUAAAGAUUAUCAGCGAUUGGGUUUAGGAGUUUUGAAUAGUGGAAACAACAAGCAUAAAGCUGAAGGAUUUAGAAUCUCAUCUAUUAACAGCAUGUACUCUGUAUGCCGCAGUUAUCCUGCUUUGCUCGUAGUGCCUCAAACUGUUUCUGAUGAAAGUAUCAGGAAAAUUUGCAGGUGUCAUAGGCAUGGCAGAUUUCCUGUAAUUACUUGGCGACAUCCGCGCACAAGAUCAUUACUAUUGCGAGCCAGCUGUUUUCAUGGCAAAGGUGUAAUUGGUAUGCUGAAAAGUCACCCAUCUUCCACAAGUGCUUCCAGUGAAACUUCAGUUCACCUUGAACAAGAGAAAUUCAUGAAUGCUAUUGUAAAUGCCACCCCAACUUAUAUGCACGAUAUGCAUGACUCAACGUUAAGCAUAACCUCUCUGGUUAUGGGUUCUGGUGGUCUAGAUAAUUUUCCAACUUUGACUCCAGAGAUUGCACGGAGAACAAAUCCUCUGCAGAAAGCAGUGAACACCUUAAGAUCUUCAGGUGGAAAAAGUGCACGUCGAGUUAGUACAAGCAAAAUGGAUUUCCUAAUGAAUAGAGGUGCUCCCAACUUUAAUGACUUUAGAUGGGGUAGUUUAAAAGAAAGAAGACCAGGAUCAACAACUAAUAUUGGCUCUGAAUUCAAUUCGAGGACUACGACGAGGCUAUCUGAUAUUCCUGACAUCUUAGAUACCACUACCCACACGUUACAUAGAGUUGCACUUUAUGUUUUUGGUGAAAAAGGACAAAUAAAGGGGAUCAAAACGGAAUCCUUUCCCAACUGUGAUUUCAUACCAGUUGAAUUUUCAGAAGUUAGGCACGUAAAAGCUAGUUUCAAAAAACUAUUGAGAGCUUGUGUACCUAGUGCACCAAUUACAGAUCCUGAUGAAGUUUUCCAUAGAGCGGUAGAAAAGUCAGAAUGGUUAAAUCAGCUUCAAGGCAUUCUACAAUUAUCUGGUGCUGUUGUUGAUUUAAUGGAUGUUCAAGGAUCAUCAGUCAUGAUAUGUCUUGAAGAUGGAUGGGAUGUUACUACACAAGUUAUAUCACUAGCUGAAAUAUGCUUAGAUCCAUAUUACAGAACUUUUGAAGGAUUUCGAACAUUAAUAGAGAAGGAAUGGCUAGCUUUUGGUCAUCGUUUUACCCAUAGAUGCAAUCAAACUGCUGCUACUCUUGCUAGUGGAUUUGCACCAAUAUUUUUACAAUUCUUGGAUGCUGUUCAUCAGAUUCACAGGCAGUUUCCAAUGUCCUUUGAAUUCAAUCAAUAUUAUCUGAAAUUUCUGGCAUAUCAUUCUGUGUCUUGCCGGUUUCGUACAUUCUUGUUGGACAGUGAAUAUGAGCGGGCUGAAGUUGGAUGGCUGUUUGAGGACCGAUCUGCCAGAUAUAGAGGAUUAGAUGGAGGUUCAGAUGAGGAGACUGGUUUUUCUCUCAAAACCAACUCUUUGACUAAUUCAACAAUAAAUGGCCCAUCUUUUUGGGAUUACGUUGAGAAACUUUGGGCUCGAAGUCCUAUAUUUUUCAAUUUUUGGUAUACUCCCUACAGUGAAGAUGGGGUUUUGAGACCUUAUUCUAAUAUAUCCAAUCUGGCAAUUUGGGACUACUACUUGGAAGAAGAAUUGGCUCAUGGUCCAUCAUAUGAUCUGGAGCUGGUUGCUAUGGAGAGACAAAGAGAGGAAGAAUCUGAAGCUGCGGAUGGCAGUUCUAACUGCAGCUCUAGAAGAAUUGUUAAUAGCUGUUAUGAUAAUAUUCAAAAUGUGCAACCUGAUUUCUUUACCCAUAUGUUAGAGACUUUGCAUAAUCUGGAGAGUGAACUUGGUUUGUUACCACAAAAAUGGCAAAUGCUUUGGGAAAAAGUGGAUAUUCCUGGAAGUGAUUCUCUCAUGCGUCAAUCGUCUUUUAGCACACAGAUGGUCCGUUCACACGGAAGAUCCAUUCAUAAACGCUCAACUAUUGAAAUUCUCGUCAGGGGCAAAAUGGUUGGUGAAGCUACUCAACCUCAAGUUUACUCUCAUCCACAUCGUUUUGAGAAAUAUAAUUAUACCACUCCAACUUACUGUGACUUUUGCUCUCAUGUCUUAUGGGGUCUAGUAAAAACUGGAAUGCGAUGUAUGGAUUGUGGUUACAACUGUCAUGAAAAAUGUUUGGAUCAGGUACCCAAGAAUUGUACUAAAUAUAAAACUGUAAGUGAUUCUGGUGCUGCUUCUACAUCUGUUUCCAAAGGUGGUAGCGUAGAGAGCUCCUCUGGUCCAUCAAGUGUUCCAGGUCUUCAGUCUAACAGCCAAUAUUAUGAUCAAUUUUCAUCAAAUGUUGCUGAGAAUAGAACCCAUGAAGGGUAUCUUUACAAACGAGGAGCUCUGCUCAAGGGCUGGAAGCAACGAUGGUUUGUUCUGGAUUCUAUUAAGCAUCAGUUGAGAUACUAUGAUGCUAUGGAAGAUUCACAUAACAAAGGUUUGAUAGAUUUAGCAGAAGUUGUAUCAGUAACACCGGCUACUACUAUACAAGGAGCACCAAAAAAAUCGGAUGAAAAAGCAUUUUUUGAUUUGAUAACUAAAAGGAGGACAUAUAAUUUCAUGGCAGCCGAUUGUGUGGCAGCCCAAGAAUGGAUUGAAAAAAUUCAAGCUUGCUUACAGUGAAAAAUGGGUAUUUUCUAAUCUUAUAUUUUUAGGGUUUUUUAAGCCCAAAACUCUAAUUACAAUACUGAAAUUUGAAUGCUACUGCUGAAGUUAGCACAUAAAUUGUUAUAAAUGUGAAAUAUGCUUCGUUGUGCCUCUAUUUGUAUCAAAUCAACAGUGAAGACGUGACCUAGGCCAAAUGCAUCUUCUUAUAUUGCCUGUCUAAACUAUGCAAUGAACAAUAAUAAAAAAAUAUUCUCUCAUUACGUAUGAACUUGUGAGGUAUGCUCAACUUGCGCUGUGCCAUGGUUCUAUCCCCUGUGUGUUAUUUUCCUUUUUUGCAUAGUGGUGUCAUUCAUCUGUUAAAACAUUCAUGUUCUUAAGCAUUAAAAACAUAUCUAAUUUAACUUCAAUUGUACAGUUGUUGCACUGAUUUUUGUCAAAGUAUAUUUAUUUGUUUUAAAGAAUAAAUUACUUUUUGUUGUAUUUUCACCAUAGGCUUUCUAUAUAUAGUUGUUUUUUCUAAGUGAGCAAUUUUAAAAUGUAUAGUGUUUAUUAAGCUCAAGUACGCUACAAGAUCAUGUAGGGUUUUUUUAUAUAAAGAAUUUUUUAUUUUGAACAUUUAAAAUUUCAAUUUGCUAUUUAUAUUUUAUUUUUAAAAGUGUUUAUCAAGUUUAUAGUUUUUUUUUAUAGUAGUUCUAGGAUUUUUCUAUUUUAUUAUUUUUUCUCCUUUGUAUUCUUAGAAAACAUGUACCCUAAUUCCUAUUCUCUGAAAUAAAGUAAAUUUUAAAUAUUA